UGGACGUGCCCGUCCCACCCGCUGUGGGACCUGUGGCAGCCUGAACAAGACGUGAACGAGACACAAACACCAUCAGAGCUGAGCUUCCUGCGGGCACCACAGCAAUAGCCCCUUGCCUUGGCCGAGCUCCAGCUUGGGCGAUUCCACUCGGGCGCUGCUGUUUUCUUGCUGGACGUAGCAUUUUUUUUCUGGAGAGCCCGACUGUGAGGCUGUGAAAGACGCUCUGUUAGCACCAAGCAACCCAUCUGCCAGUAAAGGGGCUGCUGAGCUGCCAUGGGCAACACCACCAGCGAGAGAGUGUCCGGGGAGCGCCAUGGCUCCAAGUCCCACCGCUCCGACGGCUCCAGCACGCCCCACGCCGCCAAGGAGCACCCGCACAAGAUCAUGGUGGGCAGCACCGACGACCCCAGCGUGUUCAGCUCCCACGACUCCAAGCCAGGCUCUGGUGUUCUUUGUCAGAUCCCCGGGGACAAGGAGUUUGUGUCGUGGCAGCCGGAUCUGGAGGAGUCGGUGAAACCAUCCCAACAGGCUCGCCCCACUGUCAUCCGCUGGGCUGACGGGGGCAAAGAGGUCUUCAUCUCUGGGUCCUUCAACAACUGGAGCACCAAGAUCCCGCUCAUCAAGAGCCACAACGACUUCGUCGCUAUCCUGGACCUCCCGGAAGGAGAGCACCAGUACAAAUUCUUUGUGGACGGCCAGUGGGUGCAUGACCCAUCCGAGCCUGUGGUCACCAGCCAGAUGGGGACAAUCAACAACCUGAUUCACGUCAAGAAGUCUGACUUCGAGGUGUUCGAUGCUUUGAAGGUGGAUUCCCUGGAGAGCUCAGAAACCUCAGGUCGGGACUUAUCGAGUUCACCACCCGGCCCGUACGGCCAAGAGAUGUACGUGUACCGGCCCGAGGAGCGCUUCAAAUCGCCCCCCAUCCUCCCGCCUCACCUCCUCCAGGUCAUCCUCAACAAGGACACCAACAUCUCGUGUGACCCAGCCCUGCUGCCCGAACCCAACCACGUCAUGCUCAACCACCUCUACGCGCUCUCCAUCAAGGACGGCGUGAUGGUGCUCAGCGCCACGCACCGCUACAAGAAGAAGUACGUCACCACGCUGCUCUACAAGCCCAUCUGAGCUGGGGCCUCGCCCGCCCCCCCACGCAGGACACGAAAUGCCACUUUGUCUGCACACGCUGGGCCACGGGACUUGUGUGGGGACUGGCCGCCGGCUCCAGCCUCAAACCCGGCGGGGACGCAGAGCCCGAGCCUGCUGGGGCCGGUGCCACUGCCCCAUCCUACUGGUGUGGUUUGAUUUAAGCCCUGGUUCCCACCCACCUCCAGCUCCCCUUGGCUUCUGUGAGUCCGGGGCUGCUUUGCUGCUCACCAGAACAGCCUUUCCUCGCUCCCGACACGGAAAGGGCUUCACCUUACCCAUCUCCUCCAGCCUGCGAGGGGCCUCGAGGCCGUCCUGGCACCAUCCUCCGCCCAGGCCAGCAGCACCGCGUCCUCCUGCUGCCCUGGCGAGGAGUCUCCAAGGCCACGCUGCUCGCUGGGGGCCCUGACUGCGGGGCUGCCCCUUCCUCGUGCUCCCCAGCUUCGAGCUCACAGCCCUCCGCCAGGUUCAGCGCUGAGGCAGCAGGAGGGAGGGAGCAGCCAAAACGCAGCCACGCUUCCCUGCUGCCAGGACAGCGCCCCGAAGGACUGAAUGCCUGAACGCCCGCCCCGGUGGCACAGCGAGCGGGGCACCUGCGUGUGCCCGUGCUCAAGGGGGGGCCUGGGGAGGAGAGCGGGGCACGGCCGGUGCCCCAGCUGCACCGUCUGCUGCCGAAGCAGUGCCAUGUGACAGGGUUUUCUCUAUUUAUUACAGUAUUUAUUGGUCUCGGU